AGAAACAUCACACAACCUCCAUCAGACUUCAGACAUCUGAUUCAACUGUCUCAUUUUAUAGAUGAUAAUCUGAAGCCUGGAGAGGUUUAGGACCAUCUCCAAAGAUAGACAGCAAACAGGUAUCAGACCUGGGAUUAGAACCCAAGCCUUGACCUUCCAGAAUUUCUGGACCUAAUGAAAGAAAGAAACUGAUUAUUUUUAUUUUUUUAAGAGUGAAGUUUGGAAUUUAAGAAGGCGUGCUAGGAUUCCAGAAUUGGAGAAGGAGGCAAGAUGAAGUCUCUACUGCUGCUAGUGGGCCUGCUGCUGAGCUGGGAGAACGGCAGGGCAAUCUCGGACAAAGAGCUCCAGGAAAUGUCCACUGAGGGGAGUAAGUACAUUAAUAAAGAAAUUAAAAAUGCUCUCAAGGAGGUGAAACAGAUAAAGACCCUAAUAGAACAAACCAACGAAGAGCGCAAAGCAUUGCUUGGCUCCUUAGAGGAGGCCAAGAAGAAGAAAGAGGAUGCCCUGAACGACACCAAGGAUUCUGAAACAAAGCUGAAGGCGUCCCAGGGGGUGUGCAAUGAGACCAUGACGGCCCUCUGGGAGGAGUGUAAGCCUUGCCUGAAACAGACCUGCAUGAAGUUCUACGCGCGCGUCUGCAGAAGCGGCUCGGGACUGGUCGGCCAACAGCUCGAGGAGUUCCUGAACCAGAGCACCCCCUUCUACUUGUGGAUCAACGGUGACCGCAUCGACUCCCUGCUGGAGAACGACCGGCAGCAGGGCCACGUGAUGGACGUCAUGGAGGACAGCUUCAACCGCGCAUCCAACAUCAUGGACGAGCUCUUCCAGGACCGGUUCUUUCCCCGGAAGUUCCAGGACACUCAGUACUACUCGCCCUUCGGCUCGUUCCCAAGGGGAUCGCUCUUCUUCAGUCCCAAGUCCCGCUUCGCCCGGAAUGUCAUGCCUUUCCCCUUGUUGGAACCCCUGAACUUCCAUGACAUGUUUCAGCCCUUCUUUGACAUGAUCCACGAGGCCCAGCAGGCCAUGGAUGCCCACAUGCAGAGAACUCCCUACCACUUCCCGAUGGCGGAAUUCCCAGGAGAAAACAGCAGUGACCGCACCGUGUGCAAGGAAAUCCGCCACAACUCCACGGGAUGCCUGAAGAUGAAGGACCAGUGUGAAAAGUGCCAGGAGAUCUUGUCCUUGGACUGUCCAGCCAGCGACUCCUCUCAGAUGCAGCUGCGCCAGCAGCUGAACGUGUCCCUGCAGCUGGCGGAGAAGUUCAGCAAGCUCUACGACCAGCUGCUCCAGUCCUACCAGCAGAAGAUGCUGAACACGUCCUCGCUGCUGAAGCAGCUGAACGAGCAGUUCACCUGGGUGUCCCAGCUGGCCAACCUCACGCACAGCGACAGCCAGCAUUAUCUCCAGGUCUCCACGGUGAAUUCCCACAGCUCUGACCCCAGCGUUCCCUCUGGCCUCACUAAGGUGGUUGUGAAGCUCUUUGAUUCCUACCCCCUCACUGUGACGGUCCCACAAGAAGUCUCCAAUCCUAAGUUUAUGGAGACUGUGGCAGAGAAAGCGCUACAACAGUACCGCCAGAAGAGCCGGGAGGAGUGAGACCUGAACGUUGCUUUUCCAGGUAGGGGGGUGUCUGCGUCCAGCUGCCCCCACGACGAGCCACAGUCCCCUCUAGAGAGCUCUGCACCUCACCAGCCGACCAGGCCCUGGGCUUGAGGCCCUCCUGACUGCACCCAGCUUCUCCCUCUGGAUUUGCACUGUAAUGCCUGCAUUUGCUGAUCACGGGAAGAACUUCCCCGCAUGCCACUAACUCAAUAAACCACCUUGUAAUCUGAA